AUGCUUGCCGACCUCGACCUUGCCCUCAAGCGUCCUGCCGAGCUCGUGCAGCAGCUGUACGCCCAAGACGCGUCCCUCGACGGGUUUGACGAGCGCGUCGCCGCCUCGCUCUCCGCCCUCAUCUCGGCAGAUGGCGCCCUCGAGCAGAUCCCGACUAUCACGUCCCUGUCGACCCCGACCUCGCUCCCUCCGACAGGAUCCCUCGUGCGGUUCCGGGCGAUGGUGCAGGACACCGGGCUCGGUGCAGAGCUCUUCGAGGCGGUCAGCGCAGACGGCAAGAAGGUCCUCAUGUACGGCGCCGAGGAGGAAGGCCCGGGUGCGGCAGCGCCCGACGACUACAGCCGUUUGCGCGAGCGACAGCUCCUGUACGUCGUGAGCGUGCCGGGCGAGACGGACUGGCUCAAGCAGAACCUCGACGGCGCAUCUCUCGACGGCCCGUCCUCCUCGCACUAUCACCUGCAGAGCUCGGUCGAUCGCCUUUCUCUCGGCGCCUCGCAAGCGGCACCUCCCUCGACCGCGAGCAGCAGCAAGCACCCGAAUCCUGCCGAGCCUCACUUUGGCCUCGUCGCAAAGCUUUACGGCGAGUCGGCCGAGGCGCUCAAGACGGCCGACGUGUGCGACUUUAUCGGCGUUCUCGGCGACACGACCCUCACCAACGUCUUCGACGAGCUCAACGAGUCGGCCGACGACGGCCCCACGGUCCCCGCCCUGCACGUCAUCCUCGCUCGCCCUGCGCCCAAGCCGUCGCUCCCGACCGUCGAGGCCGACGUCAACGCGCGCGAGGAGGUGCGGCGGGAGCUCGUCGCGUACUUGGCCGACCAGCUCGGCGGCGACAGCGAUGCCGCCGAGUGGACGCUGCUCGCCCUCUUGGCCCGCAUCCACGCGCGUCACGCUACCGGCAUGGCGCUCGGCAGCCUCUCGGUCAAUCUCGCCCUCCCCGACGCCUUUUCGACCUCGCUCCCGUCCGCCAUCGCCUCGCUCGUGCCAAGGGCGACAUCUCUCGACCUGUCGAUCGCCUUGCUCAACGACGUCAAGACGCGACUGGCGCCGAGGAGCCGCGACGAGAACCUCGACAGCGGCCGGCUGCAGCUCGUCAACGGGACGGCCGUCGUCGUCGACCUGCGAGGGAUUGGCGAGGGCAAGCUCGAGGACACCGGCGUCCGGAACCUGCGGCACCUUGCGACGACGGUCGCGCAGCAGAAGCUCGCGUACGAGUUCCCGUUCUCGUCGUUCGACCUCGAGACGGACCUCAACUUUCUGCUGCUCAGCGAGGGCAAGGCGAUCGUGCCCACCGACUGCGUCGUGUACGUCAAGCCGUCCGCCAACUUUCAGCGCGCGUCCUCGGCGCCGCCGCAGGCCAAGCUCGACCAGUUCCGGUCCUUUAUCGACGAGAUGAAGCACGCCGAGUUCAGCAUUCCCGAGGGCAUGGGCGAGGUCAUCCAGACCGACUUUGUCGAGCGCAGGCAGGCGUCGCACGGCGGCGAGGGCAUGUCGCAGGACGACUUGCUCUUCCGGCUCGGCGCUGCACGCCUGCUCGCCCUGUCGUACGGCGAGACGACGCUCAGCAAGGAGGCGUGGCAGCGCAUGGCCGAGCUCGACGACCGGCGCAAGGAGCGCAUGCCCGUCGUGCCGAAGCAGGAGUGAGGCGUCGGCCCAGUCGUCGGCGGCGGCGAGGAGGAGAUUUGCAACGACGCUCUCUUUGCCGC